AUGGCUGACUCCUUGGCAAAGUAUGGGAUUUACAUUGAUGAUUUAAGUAAGAUCCGUGUAUUAGAACCGGAAGUGGCCAAUCAAACGAACAAGCUCAAAGAAGAAUGUCAGAAUUUCGUUUCGAACAUUACUGAGUUUCAAACGAGUUCCGAGCAAUUUAUAGAAAUAAUAGAGCGUUUAGCAAACGAAGUGGAGAAGGAGAAAAUGAAAACGAUUGGAACCCGAAAUUUACUUCGUUCAAUGGCGAAAGAAAGAGAUGCUCAAAAGCAACAGAUUCAAGCACAAGUUAUUGAAAAAUCUAUGGAAUUGGAAAGGCUUCGUAUACAGUACGAUUCUUUAAAAAAAAUAGAAAUGGAACAGUUAGAAACUAUCGAACAAUUAACUGUGAAUUAA